UAAUGCCUUCCUGGCGGCCACGUGCUGUUGUUUGGAAAAUGGCGGCGUCCGCGCGAGACACGGCCGUGGUGACGGCGAAGAAGGCGACAGUAGCAGUGCGAGGACCCCGGCGGGUGGCCAACCAGAUCCCUGAUGAGAUCCUGAAUGACCCAGAGCUUCAGCAAGCUGUUCGCGCACUGCCUGCCAAUUACAACUUUGAGAUCUACAAGACAGUAUGGCGAGCGAGGCAGGCCAAGGCCAGGAGAGUGGCGCUGCAGUUUCCAGAAGGCCUGCAGAUGUUCGCAUGCGUGAUUGCAGACAUUAUUGAGAGGUUCACGGAUGCCGACACGCUGGUCAUGGGGGAUGUGACGUAUGGCGCCUGCUGCGUGGAUGACUUCACAGCCCGGGCCCUGGGUGCUGACUUCAUGGUGCACUAUGGACACAGCUGCCUCAUCCCCAUCGAUGCCACUGCCGGGAUAAAGAUGCUCUACGUCUUUGUGGACAUCCAGCUGGACACGGCUCACUUCCUGGAUACGCUGCGGUUUAACUUCCCAGCAGGGCACUCCCUCGCCUUGGUCAGCACCAUCCAGUUUGUGGCUGCAUUGCAGUCUGCCAGCGCUGCCUUGCGUCCGGACUACGAUGUGCUGGUGCCUCAGUGUCGCCCUCUGUCUCCGGGCGAGAUUUUGGGCUGCACAUCACCCCGCCUGGAGCGUCCAGUCAAUGCCAUUGUUUACCUCGGAGAUGGGAGGUUCCAUUUGGAAUCUAUAAUGAUCGCCAACCCAGACGUACCUGCAUACAGGUAUGACCCGUACAGCAAGGUGUUCUCCCGGGAGUACUAUGACCACGAGGCAAUGCGGAGGAUUCGUCUGCAGGCCAUAGAGAAGGCCCGCUCUGCCCAGACGUGGGGUCUCAUCCUAGGCACACUGGGCCGACAGGGCAGCCCCAAGAUCCUGGAGCACCUCGAGUCCAGACUGCAGGCUCUGGGCAAAACCUUUGUAAGGGUGCUGCUCUCCGAGAUCUUCCCCAGCAAGCUGGACCUGCUGCGGGAGGUGGACGCGUGGGUCCAGAUCGCUUGUCCACGUCUCUCCAUCGACUGGGGCUCCGCCUUCUCCAAGCCCCUGUUGUCUCCCUACGAGGUAACUGUCUCCCGCAGCUGCCCAGCCGCUCACUGGCUGCUCAUGUCCGACACGCACACACAAAUAUGCCCAGACGCACACACUGCCUGGUACAUGCAUGCACGCACUCUGUUAGUCAGACUCACUAUGAUACACUCCUACAUUUACCCUCUGCUCAGGGACGCUAGGCUGUGCAAAGGAACUGGCUUGCUGUUCGUCUCCAUGAGAACCAACCAGCGAGCUGCUCGUGCCUCCAGCUCCACUCUCCAACAGAGCUGUUUGUCUCAGAGCGCAAAGAGCCUCCUGGAAAAUGCAGCUGUGGCCCUCAGACAGGUAGAAUGGCAGGAGGUGUACCCUAUGGACUUCUACUCCAGUCAGAGUCUGGGACCGUGGGCCGUCAAUCACCCACAAAACCAACCGCCUCGCCCCACCCGCAAGCAGACACAGAAGAAAACUCCAGUGGACCCCACUCCACCUAUGCACUGUGGACGUGAUCAGAGCACCCCUUGUGGCUGUGAAGGGGAAUAACUCCUCCAGUGCCCACCCACCAGAACAGCCCGCCUAUAAGAGCGCCAUGUGUGGUUGUCAGGAGCAAUAACCCACACCUUUCCAGGCCACGGGGACACCAGGCUGCACGUCAAGCAUCCAUUACAAGACUCAUUCGGGUGAAGAACUGUGUCUUGGCACCAUUGUGUCCUCUGUUCACAUUUCUCGAAUGACAUUCAUUCUGUGGGCAAAUCUCGCAUUCCUUUCUGCAAAUCUCGUUAUGUGAAUUAUGUCAACAUCAAAAUCCCUUGGUAUUUAAGUGCUUCUGUGUUUUGUUGCACAUGUAUUAAUGUGCAUUUUGUGUGAGGAGUGAAUGCUUCAGUACAGACAUGGGAAUACGUCUGCACAAGCACCUCUGUGGCUCACUGGAAUCCAGUUAUUGUUCAUGGAUGGAAGGAAGAAUCCGUUGUCAUGACAUGAGUGACGUUCAGAAUGACCAGGACAGCCAGGAUAAUGGAAGGAACUCUAAGGGUAGUCAAGGAUUGUGCUGCUCAUCAAAAAUGAUGCACCACUUUUCAUGUUUGUCUGUAGAACUGUUUGGACUGGUUUUGAAGAAAAGCCAAGCUAUAAGUAUGGGGUCAGAAACAGCUUCCAUUACUAAAUUAUUUGAGUAUAAUACAAAGACUUACUUGUUCAUCAUACAGGGAGAUACAAAACAAGUUCCCUCAUUAAUGUUUCUACGCGAGAUGCAUUUCUGUGUUGACAAAAUCAAGGAAAAGUGGUCCCAGAAAAUGUGCAGAGCAUGGUAAAUUAAAUGAAUGUUUGUAGAAGGAAGAUGAAGUGAUGGCUUUCAGAUGAUGAAUUUCCCUUUAUAAUUACCAAGGGCUACAACUAAAGGCAAUUAUAAGCUUGUUCUAGAAAAACAAGUUCUCCCACUGGGAUGUGUGACUGUCAACUUUUGCACUUAAUUCAGCAUUUUAAGAAAAAGUUUAAGUGACCAUGCAGUGUUUUUCCACAUCACUCUUCCUAUAUAUGAGACAUGCUUCUUGGCACCUUUAAAAUAGCAUAUAUUAAACACACUGCCUGUAAUUUAGCAUACUCUGACUAGUGUUGACUGCUUGUCUAAGUCAGGGUAGCAACCCUAUGCUGGAA